CAGCUGUUGUUAACAGUGAAUAUUGAGUCUGUUAGCCGUAUGUUUUGUAACAAUUUUGCAUGAGUUUUCGAGUUCUUGUCGCAAGGAAAUUGAAGGGAUUUUUCUGUGAAAAUGCAAAGUUUAACACGCCUACUCUCCAACUGCACAUUGACGCUGCAGCCGCAACAACGUGGCGCAGUUUCCGCAGCACUCCAGCAGCUGCGCACCAAAACAAAAUAUGUUGAGAAACCGAAACCGGGAGCAGGUCAACAAUUCCGGCGUAUUGUGCACUUUCCCGACCAGUAUACGGUGGAGCCGCUAAAAAUUACACAUCUUGCUGGCCGAGAUCCAGUCACAGGCCGCAUGGUGGCCAAGGGAAUUGGCGGUGGCAUUAAACAGCAAUAUCGCUGGAUCAAAUGGGUACGCGAUGGACCCCGACAGGGGGCGCCACAAGAGGAGCGUGUCGUGGAGCUGCUGCGUGAUGGCUGUCGCACGGCAAAGGUGGCACUGGUCGCCGUCGGGGACGAACUCAAGUAUAUACUGGCCACAGAGAAUAUGAAAGAGGGUGACAUACUGAAAACCUCACGCGUUAUUCCACGUAUACCAGUGCGUCCCAAUGAGGGCGAUGCUUAUCCACUGGGUGCUCUGCCCGUGGGCACGCGUAUUCACUGCCUGGAAAAGAAUCCCGGACAGCUUUGCCAUCUGAUCCAUGCGGCGGGCACCUUUGGCACCAUUCUACGUAAAUUUGAUGACAAGGUUGUAGUGCAGCUGCCAUCGAAGCGGGAGUUUGCAUUCGAUCGCAUCUGCAUGGCCACCGUCGGACGUCUGUCCAACAUUGAGCACAACAAGGAACCCGUGGGCAGUGCCCAGCGUAUGCGGGAGAUGGGCAAUCGGCCACGGUCCGGACUCUGGAAACGCAAGGAGGGCAAGCACGGACGCAAAAUCCGCCGGUUGCCGCCCAUGACGACAAUAACGCCACCGCCUGCAGCCAAGGAACAGGAGAUUAAACUUACGCUUAAUUUGUAAAUGAAAAUUUGUUAUUCAGCUGUUUGUUUCCGAUUAUUUCUUCUAUUUCCUAUGAGCUGUGUGCAACAUUAAACAACUAGGGAUUUACAUUC